GUAAGGAUGAAGGCAAAAAGGGACCAUAUAAGGGUCACAGUUGUUCAAUACAUUCCACAAUUAGGCAGUUUGGCCGUUGGGUACAAUUUUGGAGCAUUUCAAAUAUGGAACAUGUUAAAUUUGGAAUUGGAGUUCACUUCACAAGUCAAUGUUGAGUGCUUACCAGUGACGCAUUUUGGAUUUCAGGAGCCCUGUGAUGAUCCAAGAGCAUUUUGCUACUUAUGGGUUAUAUUUUCGGUCAUAGAUCGACUUGAAGAGGAAGAGUUUCCUUUGGCUGUGAUGUAUUCUUUAACAUAUCAGGGCAAACGGAUGCUGUCUGACACUAAGUGCUUGUAUCAGGAAUUCUCAAAUGCUACAAUAAGAUUUCAAUUAGAACAGGUGCCGAUUGAAAAUACCCUUCUUGGUGGUAAAUGUGUAUCUUGUAACACAUAUUCUGUGAAUUCUACACUGGGAGCCGAAGGUGAAGAUAGUAUGCUGAAUAUAUGUCAGUUGGUAUGGGAAUGUUGGGGUGAUAAUGCAAACUUCACAACACAAUACGGAAUGCUUUUGUUUGAUUUAGAUCAAUGGUAUAAAGAUCAAAUGCCAGCGACAUAUCGCUUGGAAAGCAAUGCAUUCAUGAGCACUACUUGGUGUUCUGAGCUCGGGAAUGGAUCUAACACGACACUGGACGUGCGGCUCGAUCCAAACUCUGUGUCCGUAUACUGUCACGCCACUAGACUGGAGGAGCAUUUCUAUCCAAAUUCACUUCAGUACAACGUGGUAUCGAUGAGCGCGUGCGGGUCGGCGGUGCUGGGCACGGCGGGCAUCCAGCGGCAGCUCGUGUCGUCGCUGGACGCGUGCGGGCCCGGCGCGCUGCUGCGCCCGCGCGCGCUGCACGCCGCCUGCCUCGCCGCCGGCCUCGCGCCCGCGCAUGCGCACGCCGCGCGCGCCGACGAGCCCGACCAACAGCGUCGUUUCCUGCUGUCGGUGGCCCUGGAGGCGCGGCUGUCGCGUUUCCUGAAGCGUUGCGCUCACGAUUGGGCCACGGGCAGCCACAGCGGGGCGGGCUGCACUCUUACAUUCCUGGUGGACUGGUGUUGGACAAGAGCUAUAGAACUGAAAGAAAAUGCCAAAGAGCUCACAGCACCAUUGUUUGGGGUUUCGGUAUAUGUUUCUAGGAACGUGGUGCGAUGUCUGGAACAUUGUGUUCAGCAACUCACGCAAUUGACAGGGUUGUUGGACGCCAUUCUGACUAAAUGCUGUAACCUGGUUGUGCCUGACGCCCUCAGCGAGAUGGAGGAGAAGUACAAAGGUAUAGGCACAGUAUCACUGUACUUCCAAGUGGUGCAGUGGUUCCUGCGCGUGGGCCUGCUGCCGGAGACACGACGCGUACGGGCGCUGCCCUACCCCGCGCAUCAGCUCUACACCAUUUAUAAUAAGAGACGUCUAAAACUGAAUCGCCUGCAAGACAGUGGCGCGUCAGAUGACAACAGUGUCAGAAAGCCAUGUUCCCUGCUCUACAUAGAUCAACUCAUUGAUCAUGAAUUCGGUGGCGAGAGGAUUCAUCAAUUAUGGAUGAAGGGCGGCAGUGAGUGCCACGGGCUGUACCCGCCGCCGUCGCUGUACUCGCUGCUGCGGCUCUACCUGCUGCCCGACAUCGCGGACGAGCACAAACACUCACUCGUCCUGUAUCUGCUCGUCGACUACUCUAUGGUCUAUGAUGACGUCAGGUACGAAGCAGUAAUCCGCAGGCUGAUGCAGUUUCCCACCAUGUUCGGUUUGAGCAACACCGCCAGCGUUAAAGCGACGCAGGCGUUCUGGCACCUCGACCACAGGGACUUCGAUGUGAGUUGUGGCCUUGCACGAUACAAUGUUACAUCAUGGCGAGGUUAUAUCAUAUCAUGUUUGUUAACAGUUUGAGUCGUAAG